AUGUCCUCCCCAUCCCCAGAAGACCCCACGGAAUCCCAACCGCCACAAUCGCAAGCAGCUUCCGCUUCAGCGUCAGGAUCCGCCUCUACCACCGUACAAGCAACAGAGCAACAACUCAAGGCUCGCGCGGAGGGUGUUUCGAUUGAGGACUACCUCCUCCCGCGCUCCAUAACCCUCCGCCUCGCGAAAUCCGUCCUGCCCCCGAAUACAUCCGUGCAGAAGGACGCGGUGCUCGCGAUCCAGAAGGCCGCUACGGUCUUUGUGUCGUAUCUGUCGUCGCACGCCAACGAAUCAACCCUAAAACGCACCGUCACGCCCGCAGACGUUCUCAACGCACUUUCGGAGCUCGAGUUCGAUGGGUUUAAACCAAGACUUGAGAAGGAGCUGGACAAGUAUACGGAUCUGAAGGCUGCGAAGAGGAAGCCGCGGAAGAGUGGCGAUGAUGCGAAUGGAGAUGGGAGUGGGAAUGCCGACCCUGAGAAAGAGGGCGAGGGAGACGGCGACGCAGACGCGGUCGUGAAGGGUGUAGAGGGGAAUGCGAAUGUCAAGGAGGUUGUUGUUAGGGGUGCGAAGAGGGUUAAGAAGGGGGAUAGUGGUGAGAGUGGGAUCGGUGGUGUGGGCAGGGAUGAGGAGGAUGAAGAUGAUGAUAUGGAUGAUGGAGAAGGGGAGGGAGAGGGGGAUGAGCAUGAUGACGCGGACGCUACAGAGGAGGAAGAGGACGAGGAAAUCGAGGACGAGGACGAUGAAGCGGGAGAUGUAGGAGACGACGACAUCGACCGAGUCGAGGACCUAGAUCGCGAUUCGCGCUCACGGCGCCUGGUCGAUCCUGACGCUGGGGAUGACACUGAGAGUGACGACGAGAAUGGACCAGGGAGUCAAUUACGUGGAGGGUUGGGAAUGGGAUAG